AUGGGUCGCCGCCCCGCUCGCUGUUACCGGUACUGUAAGAACAAGCCGUACCCCAAGUCCCGUUUCUGCCGAGGGGUCCCCGAUGCGAAGAUCCGCAUCUUUGACCUGGGUCGGAAGAAGGCGAAGGUGGACGAGUUCCCGCUCUGUGGCCACAUGGUGUCGGACGAGUACGAGCAGCUGUCGUCGGAAGCCCUGGAGGCCGCUCGCAUCUGCGCCAACAAGUACAUGGUCAAGAGCUGUGGCAAGGACGGCUUCCACAUCCGAGUGCGGCUGCACCCCUUCCACGUCAUCCGCAUCAACAAGAUGCUGUCGUGCGCGGGCGCCGACAGGCUCCAGACCGGCAUGCGAGGCGCCUUUGGGAAGCCGCAAGGCACCGUGGCGAGGGUCCACAUCGGCCAAGUCAUCAUGUCCAUCCGCACCAAGCUGCAGAACAAGGAGCACGUGAUCGAGGCCCUGCGCCGAGCCAAGUUCAAGUUCCCGGGCCGCCAGAAAAUACACAUCUCCAAGAAGUGGGGCUUCACCAAGUUCAACGCGGAUGAGUUUGAAGACAAGGUGGCGGCCAAGCGCCUCAUCCCCGAUGGCUGCGGAGUCAAAUACAUCCCUGAACGUGGUCCCCUGGACAAGUGGCGGGCCCUGCAUUCCUGA